AUGAAAGAUGCAGAACAGAAAUUCCACUCCCGAUUUGUAAACUUGACGGAGGUUUACAUCAAUGAGCAAGAAGCAGAACUAUUAAAAAAAGGCCUCAAACACAACAUUGAAAGUUACAACCAAAAGAGGGAACUUGAACAAACUAUCGUGGAUACUGAAGUUAUUAUAUCACGGCUUCCAACUGAAGAACAGGAGCACGCCAGACACAUAUGUCGGCACAUAAUUGAAAAAGACAUAAAUGCCAAGAAAACUAGGAAGCAGAAGAACGAAAACCAAACCAUAAAAGGGCUCAAAGAAAAGCUAAGGGCAAACAAUGUUAUAACCACAAAAGCAGACAAAGGCAAUACCACCGUAUUAAUUGAUAAAAAAGAUUACAUAGAGAAAACUGAAAGUCUAAUAACUGAAAUAGGGUGCAAUAAAUUGGGAAAAGAUCCCACUGAAGAAUACCAAGCAGCAAUAAAGAAUACCAUAAAGAAAAGCACAACCAUAAUAAAGGAUAAUCCACCAUAUAGACUAACACUUAUGAACCCGAGUGUCCCUCCGUUGAUUGCCUUGCCAAAGACACACAAACCAGGCACCCCGAUGAGACCUAUCAUUAAUUACAAGUCUGCUCCCGGAUACAGACUCUCCAAGCACCUAAAGACGCUGCUGAAGGAUAGUCUGGAUCUACGCAAUAAAUAUACUAUUACAAAUACAACGGAACUAAUCGAGAAGAUGAAAUCGUUGAAGAUCAACGAAAACACUAAAUUCGUAUCAUUCGACAUCAAGGACCUUUACCCAUCGAUACCAACAAUAGAAACCAUAAAGACCGUACAAGAAAUACUGAUGGGAAAAAUGAAAAGAGAAGCUGUCACGGAAAUAAUAAACGCGUUGAAGGUCACAUUAAAACAAAACUACUUCCGGUUCAACAAUAAGAUAUAUAAACAGAUUAACGGGUUAGGAAUGGGCAAUCCGACGUCAGCAAUACUCAUGGAAGUAUUCAUGCAAACACUGGAGGAGAUAUACAUGAAAAAUCUAUCGACCAACCUAGGAGUAAAAUUCUACGCGAGAUAUGUCGAUGAU